CCCUCAAACUUCUCAUCCUCCCUAUCUUCUUCAACAACGCACGCCCUCACUUCUGCUCCAUAGACGCCCUAGCAAAAACCCUAGCCCGCCACCCCACCAACCCCACAAGCACGCCAAGGAUGGCCAAGAAGAAGGUGCACCACCACCCUCAAGAAGACACCCACGAAGAAGGAGGAGCCCCUCCCAGCGACAGCACCCACCACCUCCACCACCCCAAACCCGCCACCAUGGACCAAGACGACCGCCGCCACCCCUCGUCGGAGAAGCUCCAGAGCCUCAAGUCCCUCAACGCCAUGCUCCUCAGGGAGACCUCCGACCGGAGGCACCAGGUGGAGUCCCUGGAGCGCGCCAAGAACGACCUGGAGAGCGAGCUGGCCCGGUCCGGCGGCGAGAGGGAGGCGCUGCAGGCCGAGCUGGGCCGGGCGGGCCGGGAGGGCGUCGUGCUGGCGCUGGAGAAGGGCGUCAUCUGCACUUUCCUGGAGACCCAGAUGGCCGAAAUCGGCGCUCGGGUGGAGAGGCUGGUGAAGCAGACGGAUGCGGAUGCGGAGGGGUUGAGGGGUAGAGUGAGCGAGCUCGUCGAUGGCCUCGAAAGGGAGAGAGCGGUUUUGAACGACGUGAGCAGCGAGAGGGAUGCGUUGAAGGUGGAGUGCGCGGGCUUGGUGGAGAAGGCGAGCCUGUUGAAGGAGGGCCUGUGUGAGAUGGAGAAAGUGAGGAGGAAUCUGGAAGGGAGUUUCGAGAGGUUGAAGUUGCAGAAUGAGAAGUUAGUCAGAGAGAAAGAGGAAGGGGAGAGAGCGAUUGAGGCGGCUAUGAGUGAAAGGGAUUCUGCCAGAAAUAGCUUGGUGCUGGCCGGGAUUGAGGCCGGCGAACUGAAGAGUAGAGUUGAGGAACUCGGAAGGGUCAAUGAGAGUUUGGAGAUGGAGAAAAAUGGGCAGCAAGUGAAGAUGUAUGAACUGGAGAAGGAAAUGGCUGUGUUGAAUGAGAUUGAGGUGAGUUUGAGAAGAGAGGAGGGAGAACUGAGGGAAAGGGUGUCCGAGUUGGAGAACAAAUGUGACGCGGCGGUUGAAAAGGAGAAGGAGAUGAUUGGCCGGAUUAAUGGUUUGAGUGAGGAAAACCAGAAAAAGGAAGAGACCAUCGAGAAGCUCAGAGAAAAGAACAAUUCGGCGGAGAGACUGUUGAAGGUGGCAGAGAAAGAAUUGGAGGAGAAGGUGCGGCUUAUGGAUGGGAUAGUUCGGAAGAAACUCGAGGUUGAGGAGGCGAAUUAUUGUAAGCAGAAUGAGAUUGCUGGGUUGCUCAGAGAGGUUGGUGAACUGAAGAAUGAGAUUACUGGGUUGGAUUCGUCUUUUCGAAGUCAAGUGGACAAGAACAGGGCUCUGCUGUCCGAACUUAGCUCUUGUAGAGAAGAUUGUGAUCGAGUCACUCUCGAGAGGGACAACGUCCAGAAGGCGCUGGACGAGGAGAAACAGAAUGCCUUGAAUUUGAGGUCCACAGUUUCUGAAACGAAGAGCAGAGUUGACGAGACCAUGGAGGAGUUGGGGCACACCAGGAGUGAGAGAGAUGAAUUGAUUUUCGAGAAGAAGAAUAUGCAAAGCAAAUUCGAGUUGUCUGAAAAAGAAAAGGAAUUGCUUGAGAAGAAGGUCAUAGAUGCACAGCAAACUAUUGAAGACUUGGAGGCGAAAAUCAAAUCUGCUGGUAUCAAGUUUGAGCGAACUUUGGCCAUCUUGAAGAGAACUGCAGCUCUAGCGAAUCGGGUUAAGGACGGGGCAGAUGGUAAAGAAGAGGGAACUGAAGAACAGAAGCUCGAGGAAGAUUUUCAACCAUUCGCAGGAGAAUUAGAAGCCAUCAAGAGUGCUUUCCUGAUCAAAGAGUCCCUGGUGGAAGAUCUAAAGCGGCAGAAUGAGUUGCUGCAAGACUCUGCAGCCAAGGCACAUAAGCAGAAGGGCAUUUGGACAUUGCUUUCCUCGGCAACCACACUGUUCGCCGCAGCAUCAGUUGCGUACUUCGCCAGGGGACGAUGAUACGUAGUAGUUUCUUCAUUAGUCGUAUCUGUUUUUUUACGGCUAGUGAGUACUUUCGCUUGCCUGAUGAACCGAUGAAGUUACGUUAAGAGGCAUGAUUUGAUUCAUGCCGUUUUUGCUGUCCCUUUAAACAUAGUAUGCAGAACAAUAAUGUACUUGAACAUUCUGGAAUUGCUUACUCAGAGUCUCAGAGAUAUGUUUGAAUCUGAAUCCUGCAGUUGAAUUCCGUGAUGGUAGUAGUUUCUA